AUGAGUCAGGAAAAGCCUGUCGAGAAAUGCAUUUGUCAAAUCUGCCAAUGCGGGCGUCAUAAAUGCUCACAUGUCGACGCGGAUUUGGGAUUUGGCGGCGGAAUUGAGGAAUCCAAAACGGAAUACGCGAAUCAGUUUCCGGCGAAACAGGUCCCGAGAGAACGCUCUUUUCGUGCUACUUCUGCCUCGAAUUUAGCAUCGAAUGAGAAUUUUAAUGCAUCGACAACGAAUCGAGACGAUUUUGUCGCGAAAAAGGUUUCACGACACGGACCAUUCAAAUUCGUUGACAGCAAUUUGGAUGGCGGUGGAGAAUUCAACGGUGUGACGACACAGAAGAGCGAUUUUCAGCCGAAAUCUAUUCAACGCGAUGGAAUAAUUAAUCGAUUGACGAAUGAUAAUUUGAGAAAUGUUGGAGAAUUCAAUGCCGAAACGACGAAUCGCGCUGAUUUCGAUGGGAGAAGGGGCUCAAGGCCAAGAGCAAAAAAACCAACGACGACUACUGCAAUUCAGUCUGGCGAAUUUCAAGCGGUUACAACGCACAAAUCGGAUUUUGAUUUGAAAAAUGCAGAAAGAAGCGCGAUUAUUCGUGGGCCAACCGACGCCCAAAUUUUUUCGGGACCAUUUAUUGAUUCAACAACAAAUAGGGUGGAUUUCGACAGAAAACAGGUUGCUCGAAAUGGUCCAUUCAAAUUUGUGGAUAAUAAUUUGAAUGCUGGCGGAGAAUUUGAAGGAGCUACCACACAAAAGAGCGAUUUUCAGCCGAAAUCUAUUCAACGCGAUGGAAUUAUUAAUCGAUUGACGAAUGAUAAUUUGAGAAAUGUUGGCGAAUUCAAUGCCGAAACGACGAAUCGUGCUGAUUUCGAUGGGAGAAGGGAAGAACGAAGUGGAAUUAUUCGUGGCCCAAGCGAUGCGGAAAUUUUUUCUGGACCUUUUAUUGAUUCGACAACAAAUCGAACGGAUUUUGACAAAAAACAAGUGUCUCGAAGCGCGAUUCGCCGGAUUCCGUCGAAUACUCAAAUCCCGUCGGGACCAUUUAUGGGAGAAUCGACGAAUCGAGUUGAUUUUGAUAGGAAACAGGCUGAGAAGCAGGCGGCGUUUCGUCCGAGAUCCUCCACACUUUUGCCGUCAUCGAAAUUCGAGGCGACCUCGACGAACCGCAGCGAUUACACACCGAAACCAGUGAUAAAGGUGGUAAACGUGAAACCGGCACGAGAUGAGUCAUCACUUGGAAACGCCGACUUCAAAUUUGACGCCAAUACCACAUACCAAGACGGAUUCCAGCCGAAACAUGUUGAGAAGGCGGGACGAGUGAAAUUGAAAGAACAAUGGGAUACUAGUGGAGAAUUUUAUGGCGAAUCGACACAAAAAAUGGAUUUCAUUGAGAAGCAUGUCGAUAUUUGUCCGGCUGAAAAAGUGCUCACAAGAAGGGAUCGAUCGUUUGAAUUCAAAAGAACCGUUAAUGGGCAUCGCUUCUAUGAGCAGAAGGUGACGCACGGCAAUAUUGAGAAGAAUCGCCUCGUACCUGUUGGCUGA